UUCCAUAGUUCCAUCCCAGGGUGCAAAUUAAGGCUGUUCCAGUCUCUCAUUAUCCCAUGCUAAUUAAGAGCCAUUGAUAAACAUGUGACUAUGCUAAUGAAGGUCGUUAGAGAACAAGAACUCAUCAGUCUUCCUUUACAUAUUGUGGGGAAACCUUUUUCCCAAAACAAAGGCACGGCCCAUAGUUGUUUGUUGUAAGUAGUUGAAGCAGAUCCAGGCUUGGGGGGAUCCAAAAUGGGAUAAAAAGGUGUGAGAAUGAGAGGUGAGUUAGUUUGGGGAAGAGACGUGUGGGUACAGGAGCUCUGCAGGCUAAUGAGGAGACUCUGCCCAAGGACAGUCAUUUAUAUAUUUGCUUGAAAGAGAAGAGCUACAGAAGCCAAUGAUUCUCUGAUUCUUUGGAUAAAGACAAGAGACCAUUAGACUGUAGAACUUCUCCAACACCAGCAAAUUCUCACAUUGGAAAGAUAAAUCUGUAUCAGACUCAGAAAAAGCUUUAAUACAAUGAGCCUUCCCAACUGCCAGAAGGAACGUCCCUCGGUGGCACAAAAUGAUGACUGUCCAGAAAUUGAGCAAAGAUACUUAAUAAAUAAUGAACUUAACACAUGUAACAUCUCUGAGAAACCAUUCAUGUGCACUGAAUGUGGCAAAUGUUUUACUCUACAAAGAGACUUGGAAAUUCACCAGAGGAUUCAUACUGGGGAGAAACCAUUUACCUGCACAGAAUGUGGCAAUAGUUUCAGGCUGAAGGAAUGCCUUAAAAGACACCAGAUAAUCCACACAGGAGAGAAACCUUAUGCAUGUACAGAAUGUGAGAAACAUUUCACUUUGAAGGAUAAUUUACUCAGGCAUCAGAAAAUUCAUAUUGGAGUGAAACCAUUUGAGUGUACAGAAUGUGGAAAGAGCUUCUCCCAGAAAAGCCAACUUCAGGCGCACCACAAAAGUCACACGGGGGAGAAACCAUUUCCUUGUGCAGAAUGUGGGAAACGUUUCGGUUUAAAGAGCCACCUCAACAGGCAUCAAAAAAUUCACACAGGGGAGAAACCUUUGACUUGUACAGAAUGCGGCAAAAGUUUCUCUACAAAGGACAACCUUUCUUCACACGUAAUAGUCCACACAGGAGAGAAGAGGUUCCCAUGUACCAAAUGUGGGAAAAAAUUCACCCGUGAGGACAGGCUUGAAAAACACAUGCGACUUCACACAAAAAAACCUUUCACAUGUACAGAAUGUGGGAAAAGCUUUUGCAGUGAGGGAAGACUAUACUGUCACCAGGCAACUCACACAGGGGAGAAACCAUUCACUUGCAUGGAAUGUGGCAAAUGUUUCUCAAGAAAGUCCAGCCUUCAGCGGCAUGGAAUUAUCCACACAAGGACAAGACUUUUGAAUGUUCAGAUGUACCAGGCAGAUGUUUCUCAACAAAGUCCAACCUUCAACAGCACCAUGUAAUCUGCACAGGGGAGAACCCUUUCACCUGCACAGAACGUAGCAGACAUUCCACAAAGGAAAUAAAUGGAUUAUUUUCAGAUGAAGAGAACAAACUAACACUUUAACCUUUCACUUGGUUAAAUCAUGGAAGAUGCUUCAUGGUUUUCUUUUCUACUCUGGCUCUCUGCCAUUAUGAAGUUCUGAUAGAUGGACCUUCCAACUCAACUACAUCUAAAGCUACCAACAAGCAUUCUGAAUGGGUUCUCCUUUGCUUAUUUAAAACUCAAAUUCAGCCACUUUGGGAUUAUUUUCUAAUAACAUUCACUGAAUUAAAGAAAUGUAAUAUUUUAGCAGGUGCAGUGCAGAGUUUUUGUUUUUCUGAUUGACUUUUCUGAAAGACCUUUCUGGGAGAAAACACCCUUGCUAAAUAUGAGUUCAAUGAAUAAAGCUGAACAUAAGUUUUGUCUAUUUUAAA